CCUAAAACGGCUGCACUCAAUCAAGUAAGUUUCUCCCCCUUCUUACUCAAUACGAUUUCUUAUUUCUUCCUAUUCUUAUACAUAUCACUAAAUUUGGUUUUAUUAUCCAUUCUUUACUAUGUAUCCUAACCUAUCUAAACCUUCAACAAUCAUGUUUCUUUGAUAAUUACUAUCAAUUGACUUUAUUUUAUGACUGAUUGUUCUGAAUCAUCAUAUAGGGAACAAAUGGAUUCGUCAAAUAACAGUGAUUCUGGAAUUGAUCAAUUGGAAGCAGAAUAUGGAAGAUUUCUGGAUGACUAUGCAAAAAACUAUGAUAAUUACGAUGGUCAAUCUACAAAUGAAACUGAUGAAGACAUAUCACAUAUUGAUAAGAACAUAUCACAGUGUACUGAUAAUGUGUUCGGUCAAUCAUUGGGUAGAUUGUCAAUUACCGGUCAAUUCACUAAAAUAUAUAUUUUUGAAUUGACUCUUGGUCAAUUAAACAAGGCUAAAAAAACUGGAUUUACAUUACCUUCUGAAUUUAGCAAUUAUGUAAGGCAAUACAAUUUUCAUAAGUUGGUUCUGGAAGUACUAAACAAGAGCAGUUCAAUUGUUCACUUACAAAUUCCGGAAAAUCAUUUAGAGAAUGUCAAGAUUGCCAGAGGAUGGAAAAAUUUCUGCUUCGACAACAAUAUUAAAUUAGGAGAUAGAUUAAGUUUUGAAUUCAAAGAUAUCACCUUAAAUGUUUGUCAGGUUUCCGUAGUUUAGACUAAGUUUUAUGCUACAUCACUAAGCAACUUUAUGAAAUGAUUUAUUUUAAGACAAAUUAUGUUAUUUUCUUAGUAUUUCAUAUUCCGUCAUAAGGUUGUAAUGAAUUUUAUCUUAACUUAUUAAUGGAUUAUACUAUUAUGCCA